AUGGCUUUCCAAACAGGAUUUCGCCACUAUGUGGUCAGAGCUGCGGGUCUUGAGUUCUGUAUCCCAACGGUUCUCGUUGAGGGUAGAAAUUACUGGCGUCGGGAGUUUGUCUCCGAUUAUUUUUCAUCCAGAAGAUUGGCGGUAACACGCUGGAUCAACUGGAUGAUUAAUGACGCGGCAACCCGGGCAAGGCCGGGACACCCAGAUGAAGUUCCUCUUUUGGCAGAGGGCAUGCAGGUAAUCCCUUGGAGGGAUCCUGCGCCAUUAGAGGAACGGAUUCAGAGUCAAGUCUCUGUAAGACCGGCUGAGAAGGCAUUCAGUCGGCACUCGGUACCAUUUUGUGGGGAGGUACCGGGAACCCUUAGACCAGGGUUGAGACGUGCAAUCUUUUCAAAAGCUUGCAGGCGUGGUGUUCCAGCAGUCUUUGGCUCUUUGGAGGGCAUUUCUAUGUCCUCCGUGGAAGGACAGAGUGAUUCCAGCAAAUGCGAACCACUUUUCUCGACUCCGCCAAGUCGGGAAUCUUCGGUUAGCUGCGGGAUCCUCUUCUUUCCGGAGCUUGACGUCCCUUAUGCGUGGGGUUCUGAAUAUAAACGCGCAAAAGAAAGAUUCCUGGCAGAGGCCUAUGGAAUCGAUCUUUUGAGCGUUUAA